UGCUCUGUACGGGAAACACUCUGGCUACAACUUGCACAGUUUGUUUUGGUUUUACUCGCUGAGAGUCUUAAGGAGGACUACUAGGAGGAAAAUAACAGCCAGCACCCGGGACUUUUAGCCCCAUCUGGGUCUCUCUUCAUAGCAAUAAGCCCUGGUUUUGGUUUACACUGAGUCUGAAGGCCGCCGGUCUGCAAAAGGAAGUGGACCAUGCAAAAUAAUGAGCGGUCUGUGGACGACAGCCAAAGGGACAGUGAUGACUCCUCAGAUUCUCCCGAGCCGGAGCCCUUCCUGUGCAUGGAGCCCCUCCUGGUGCGGAGGCUGUCCUGCAGGACCCUGCAGCUCCCCCCCCUGGCCUUCAGACAGGCCGAGCAGUACUACUACGCCCACAGGCCGGAGGCGGACACGGCCCUCCCCAAGCCCCCACGGCCCACCACCCUGCCGCUACGCACCCCGCCACUCAUCGCCAUCACCGCUGCCGACACUGAAAGAUUUUGCUACACCAUCACGAGCAAGUUUAUUAAGAGGAUAAAAUUGAACACAUAAAUCCUCUAAUGUCUACGGUGAGAGCUAAUACACGAGACGUGCUAACACAGAGCUCUUCAUUAUUGUUGUUGUGGGAAGCUGGCAAAUUGAAGGACGGUCCAUAUAGGACAGUGGGAAACUGGCAACUUUGGUAGGGGGAGGGUCGGGCUGCUCUGUGUUUGUGUGUGCGUGUGUCUUCAGUUCCACAUCGCUCAGUGGUGCUGCCCCCCCCCUUCCCCAUUGUUCUUAGCUGCCAUCUCUGUUUCAAG